CACGCCAGCGGCAGCGCUCGCGAACAGAGCGGCGGGACAUCAAAGCCAAAGUGGUUACAAAGUAACAGUCGCGGCGCGUCAUCAAAGUCGCAGCGGGAAGAAUCAGAACGCGGAACGUGACAGCCGACGGGCUUUCCCGCGAGUCCGCGCUCUUACUGAACCACAGCGAAGACAAACGCGGGGAAAAGAGGAGCUGACCCGGUCAUCGCGUCCAGUUUCUGCGGCUGCUGCUGUUGCAUUCGCGGUCUGAAUGCACAUUUAUGCCAUGUUCACUUUAUAGAAAGACUCCAGACGCGGAUUACCGAACCCAUAGAUCCUGUAGAUCAUACAGGCUGUAAACCGUUGCUCCAGAACAGGAACAAGAGUUUGACAUCCUGUGUGUUUACACGACAUGGGAAAAAGACCCUCAUCUGUCCAGUAAGAAUGUUUUCGUUGCACAGAGAGAGGGAGCAGCCCAUCUUCAGCACUCGAGCUCAUGUGUUCCAGAUCGAUCCCGCCACCAAACGCAACUGGAUCCCGGCCAGCAAGCACGCGGUCACCGUCUCCUUCUUCUACGACGCCAGCAGACACGCCUGCCGCAUCAUCAGCGUGUGCGGGACCAAGGCGAUCAUCAACAGCAUAAUCAGCCACAACAUGACGUUCACUAAGACAUCUCAGAAGUUCGGUCAGUGGGCGGACAGCAGAGCGAACACCGUCUAUGGCCUCGGAUUCGCGACGGAGCAGCAGCUGCACCAGUUUGCUGAGCGUUUUAAAGAGGUGAAGGAUGCUGCGCGUCUGGCCAGAGAGAAAUCACAGGACAAGAUGGAGCUGAGCACCGCAGCUCUCAGCAUCGCAGCACCUCAGGACUUGUCUGAAGAGCUGCAGUCUCCUCCAGUGAUGUGUGUGAACGGACCGGAGGACAAACUCUUCCGGAGCCAGAGCGCUGACAUCACUCUGUCCUCAGAGAAGGAGCGCAUCAAGAAGAUGCUCUCAGAGGGCUCGAUCUGUGAGAUCAAUCUGGAGGCCGAGCUCUUCAGCUUACAGGACAGUAACGCUAAACUGGUGGCAGCGCUACAUGAGGCUAACGCUAACGUGGAACAGUGGAAGAAACAGCUGGCGGCAUAUCAGGAGGAGACGGACCGGUUACGAGAUCAGGUGACGGAUCUGGAGGCUCACGGCGCUCAGGGACCCAGUGACAUGCUGAAAGACGAGCUCACUCAGUCCCUGGAGGAGCUGGAGAACCUGCUGAAGGCAAAGGACGAGGAGAUCCGUAUUCUCCAGAGUAAGAAGUCCAACUUCCACGAGCUGAAGCAGGAGAGAGAAGAAGCCAUUCACAGACUGCAGGAGCUGGAGAUGCGUAACGUUGAGUUGGAGCGGCGCGUGCAGAACGCCGAACAGAACCUGGCGUCUGCGCUGGAGGAUCGCGAGCGCGCCGAGAACGAGGUGCAGAGGGUCGCUCAGAUCCUCGACGUCAAGAUCUUUGACCUCAAUGACCUUCGGCAGAGUCUGGUCCAGCUGAUCAGUAAAUAGUGCCACGUGAGAGACGGAUGCUCAGGGAUUAAAGUGUUCCUCGGUUCAUAAAGACCUGAAUGAAUCAGCCGUUCGAAUGAAUCAAUUGAAUGAAUGAUUCAAUCAGUGACUUGGCGCCACCUGCUGGCGGACGUAGUUUUAACGUAUGAUUUCAGGUAUUUAAAUCAUUUAAUAUUUCUCUAUUCAAAAUUGUAUAUUUAAAAUAUUAACUUCCACAUGAAUCUAUGAAUUUAAUUGCACACAUGCCAUCUUUGAGC